CCACACCACACCCACCUCCCCCGUUGCCAGGACAGCUGCAGCAGUCGCCCGAAAUGCAGAGUGUCGCCGUCCUCGCCUGCCUGCUGGCCACCGCCCACGCCGGGAUCGUAGCGCCGGCCCACCUCCCUACGGCGCCGGCCCACGGCGUCGUCUACGAUCACUACGCGCCGCCCAGCUACAGGUUCGACUACGCCGUGGCCGACUCGCACACGGGCGACGCCAAGACGCAGUUCGAGCACCGCGACGGCGACCGCGUCACCGGCGCCUACAGCCUCAUCGACGCCGACGGCACGACCCGCAUCGUCGAGUACACGGCCGACGACCACAACGGCUUCCAGGCGGUCGUGAAGCGCGUCGGACACCCGACGCCGGCGCCGCCCAGGGCCGUAGUCGUGGCCGCCCCUGCUCCGGUGCCCGCCGCCCACGCGCCGGUGUACGCCGCCGCUCCCGUCGCCCAAGCCGCGGUAUACGCCGGCCCUGUCGCCCACGCGCCGGUGCACGCCGCCCCAGCGCCUGCCCCCGCCGCCCACGCAGCUAUCCUGGCCGCCCCCGUUCCCGCCUCCCACGCAUAUGCUUACCCGGCACCAGCACAGGGUCUUGCACCCCAUGCCGCCCACCUGUCUCACCACGGCGCCACCACCAUGAGAGCCACCGUAGUCGCCCUGGCGUGCCUGCUGGCCGCCGCCCACGCCGGGCUGCUGCCCCACGCGCCGCCCCCGCCGCCGCCGCCGCCCCCGCAGCACGAGAUCAUCUACGACUACGUGGCGCCGGCCAGCUACCGCUUCGACUACGCGGUGCGCGACGGCCACACGGGCGACGCCAAGACGCAGUGGGAGCACCGCGACGGCGACACCGUCCGAGGCGCCUACUCGCUCGUCGACGCCGACGGCACGACGCGCAUCGUCGAGUACACCGCCGACCCGCACAACGGCUUCCGCGCCGAGGUCAAGCGCCUGGGACACCCCGCGCCGCCGCCCCCGCAGCCGCCCACGCUGCCGCCCCCGCCGGCGCCCGCCCCGCACCCCUACCCCUACCACGGCUGAGCCUUCAUCUGUCUACUUCUCUCUUUCUCUCUCCAAUCAUCUGCGGCAGCGCCUCCGGCGGCAAGUGUGUGUGUGCGACUGGACACGUACCAAGGGAUUUCUCACGGACAUUACCAUGGUUUAACGGAUAUGUAUGAUAGCGAAAUGUUGCAAUAAAACUCUUGUUUUUGUUAGUA